AUGGAUUCGCUCAAAUUACCCACCACCGCAGCGAGAGCCAAGGCGUUCACCGCCCCCGACUCGUUAGUGUUCCCGCAAGGGUUUGACGGGAAGCCUGAAGACGGUGCGGCGCCGGUCCCCGCCCCGAUGCAGCAACCCCCGGUGAAGCAAGAAACCCAAGACAUCAUUGAACCCAAGCAACAGGAAGACGACGGGGCGACUGCUGGCAUUGUCCCCACUCUUCAGAAUAUUGUGGCCACGGUCAACCUUGAUUGUCGUUUGGAUCUUAAGACCAUCGCUUUACACGCCAGAAACGCCGAGUACAACCCCAAGCGGUUCGCCGCCGUCAUUAUGCGUAUCCGUGAGCCUAAGACCACUGCGCUUAUCUUUGCCCUGGGUAAGAUGGUCGUCACCGGUGCUAAAUCGGAGGACGACUCCAAGUUGGCUUCGCGUAAGUACGCUCGGAUCAUUCAAAAGCUUGGGUUCAACGCCAAGUUCACCGACUUUAAGAUUCAAAACAUCGUGGGUUCCUGUGACGUCAAGUUCCCCAUUAGAUUGGAAGGCUUGGCAUUCUCGCACGGUACUUUCUCGUCGUAUGAACCUGAAUUGUUCCCCGGUUUGAUCUACCGUAUGGUGAAGCCAAAGAUUGUGUUGUUGAUUUUUGUAUCGGGGAAGAUUGUGUUGACCGGUGCCAAGCAGCGUGAAGAGAUUUACGCUGCUUUCGAAGCAAUCUACCCUGUGUUGUCGGAAUUCAGAAAGUCCUGA